CAACUAGAUAAUUCGUCUUUGAGUUCAAUGAGUGAAGAGUGGACAUGAACUGAACGGAUAGAAGUUGAAAUAGCUUACUGAGCAUAUUCCGCUCGAGGAAGCCCCUCAGAAACAUUUCCAGCUGCAGUCAUACCGAAGAUGAAACGAUGACUCAACCACAACUGAAUGAGUUCAUUCCCCCGCCGGAGUGCCCUGUUUUUGAGCCCAGCUGGGAGGAAUUUGCCGACCCCUUUGCGUACAUCAACAAAAUAAGACCCAUAGCAGAGAGAACUGGCAUCUGCAAAGUCCGUCCGCCACCGGACUGGCAGCCCCCGUUUGCCUGUGAUGUUGACAGACUGAAGUUCACACCACGGAUACAAAGACUUAAUGAGCUAGAGGCUCAGACCAGAGUGAAGCUCAACUUUUUGGAUCAAAUUGCAAAAUUCUGGGAGCUUCAAGGAUGCACUCUGAAAAUUCCUCACAUGGAGAGAAAGAUUUUGGACCUCUACCAGCUGAAUAAGCUGGUGAAUGAAGAGGGAGGUUUCGAUGCAGUGUGCAGAGAGAGGCGCUGGACAAAGAUAUCAGUUAAGAUGGGCUUUGCUCCUGGCAAAGCCAUUGGCUCACAUCUGAGGGCGCACUAUGAAAGGAUCCUCUACCCAUACAACGUGUUUCAGACUGGAGACAAUCUGCCAGUACAUCCUGAAGCUCACUUUAAGUCUUCAACAGGAGAGAGAGCCACCUUGACCAAUGACACUAAAGAUAGGGAGUACACCCCUCAUGACCUGCCGCAGAGACAGUCUGUCCAACCUCAGGAGACCUGCAGUAUCGCUCGCAGAGCAAAGCGGAUGAGAUCAGAAAGAGGAUGUGUUAAAACUGAGCCUGGGGAAGUCCGUGAGAAUCGUCCCAAUCUCAGGAGGAGGAUGGGAACAUAUGCUGCCAAACAUGAACCAGUGAGGAUGGCGAUCACUGAGGUGAAAAAGGAGCCAAUAGAGCAGGUGGAUUGCACAGAUCAUGAAGAAACUGUGUUAAAUAAAAUAAACAAACCCACUAGUAAAGUGGACCAGUACAUGUGCCUUGUGUGCGGCUGUGGGACUGCAGAGGACCGCCUGCUGCUGUGUGAUGGCUGUGACGACAGCUAUCACAUCUUCUGUUUGAUCCCCCCCCUCCAUGAUGUUCCCAAAGGAGACUGGAGGUGUCCCAAGUGCCUGGCUCAGGAAUGUGGCAAACCUCCUGUCGCUUUUGGCUUCGAGCAGGCGGGCAGGAGCUAUAACCUCCAAUCUUUUGGCGACAUGGCCGAUUCCUUCAAGUCUGAUUAUUUCAACAUGCCAGUUCAUAUGGUUCCUACUGAGCUGGUGGAGAAGGAGUUCUGGCGUCUAGUCAGCACCAUCGAGGAAGACGUCACUGUGGAGUACGGAGCAGACAUUGCCUCCAAGGAGUUUGGGAGUGGUUUCCCUGUAAAGAACAGUCAUUUUGAAGUCGCUCCUGAGGACGAGCAUUACCUGAGCAGCGGCUGGAACCUGAACAACAUGCCGGUGCUCGAUUCUUCAGUGCUGACUCACAUUACAGCUGACAUCUGUGGGAUGAAGUUACCCUGGCUCUAUGUGGGCAUGUGCUUUUCCUCCUUCUGCUGGCAUAUCGAGGACCACUGGAGCUACUCCAUUAACUACCUUCACUGGGGGGAGCCAAAGACGUGGUACGGUGUUCCUGGUUAUGCUGCAGAGCACCUUGAGUCUGUCAUGAAGAAUCUGGCACCUGAGCUGUUUGAGUCCCAGCCAGACCUCCUUCACCAGCUGGUCACCAUCAUGAACCCCAACACACUGAUGAACAAUGGCGUCCCGAUCUAUCGGACCAACCAGUGUGCAGGCGAGUUUGUCAUCACUUUCCCUAGAGCUUACCACAGUGGAUUUAACCAGGGUUUCAACUUUGCUGAAGCAGUCAACUUUUGCACCAUGGACUGGAUGCCCAUUGGCCGAAACUGUAUAAGCCAUUAUCGCCAGCUGAGCAGGUACUGUGUCUUCUCCCAUGAUGAGAUGGUUUGUAACAUGGCCUACAAAGCUGACACGAUGGACGUGGAAUUGGCGUCUGCAGUGCAGAAGGAGAUGACAGUCAUGGUCCAAGAGGAGGAAGAACUCAGAGAGAAGAUUAAGAAGAUGGGUGUGGUGCAAUCUCGACAAGUUGAUUAUGAAGUGCUCCCAGACGAGGAGCGGCAGUGCUGCAAGUGUCGGACCACCUGCUACCUGUCUGGCAUCACCUGUGCCUGCAGUCCUGGCAAGACAGUUUGUCUGUACCACACCCAGAACCUCUGUUCCUGUCCUUAUAACAACCUUACACUCCAUUAUAAGUUUACACUGGAUGAGCUGUAUCCCAUGAGGGCAGCGGUGAAGCUGCGCGCAGAGUCCUAUAAAGACUGGGUCUUUAAUGUGAAGGAAAUCCUGGAGAACAAAGGAAGCAAGAAAAGAGGUUUGGAUGAGCUGCACAGUCUGGUGGAGCAGGGAGAAACAAAGGCCUUUCCACAGACCAGCCUCCUGGAUCAGCUACGUGUAGUCACCUCUGAGGCUGAUAAAGUUGCUGUGAUGGCACAACAGCUUCUCAACGGAAAGAGGCAGACAAGGUAUCGUUCUGGUGGAGGAAAAUCUCAAAACCAGAAUGAGUUGACUGUGGAGGAGCUGAGGUCGUUUGUACGACAGUUUGACAGCCUGCCGUGUAACAUCAGACAGGCUCCUUUACUAAAGGACCUUUUGACCCGUGUCGAUGACUUCAAGCAGCGCAGCGAACGUCUCCUCUCUGACGAGUCUCCCAGCCCACAGGAGCUGCAGGAGCUGCUGGACGUGAGUCUUGGUCUGGACGUGGAGCUGCCCCAGCUGCCACUGCUUAGAGAGAGACUGGAGCAGGCUCGCUGGCUGGAGGCUGUGCAGCAGGCCAACAGCCGUCCAGAGAGCCUCUGUCUGGACACCAUGAGGAGGCUGAUAGACCAGGGCGUAGGCCUGGUCCCACAUAGCUCUGUGGAAAGAGCCAUGGCUCGCCUGCAGGAGCUGCUGACUGUAUCAGAGCAGUGGGAGGAGCGGGUACUUGGCCUCAUGGAAUCCAGGCCACAUCACAGCAUAGAGACACUAGAAGCUGCUCUACUGGAAGUAGAAAAUAUCCCUGCCUAUCUGCCCAACUGCCUGCAGCUGAAGGACGUCGUCACCAAGGCCAGGGAGUGGCUGCAUGAAGCCGAAGCACUCCAGCUCGGGGGGCGUAUUCCUGUGCUGGACAGCCUCUCUGAGCUGGUUCUCGGAGCAGAAAGUAUCCCAGUGAGACUCGACCCACUGAAUAGACUGGAGGCACUCGUGAGUGAUAUCCAGACUUGGAAGGAGACCGCGGCAAAGACAUUCCUACUGAAAAACUCUCCUUUCUCUCUCCUUGAGGUGCUGUGUCCGAGAUGUGACGUAGGAGCUGGGUAUCAGAAGUCAAGAUCUAAGAAAUCAAAAGAAGCUGCACAAAUCUGUAAAAAAUCUUCAACAAAGCUUGAUUCUCUGAUUGAUGUGGAGAGAGCUCUCUCUGAGAGCAAGGACUCUGCCUCUGCAAUGGCCACUCUCGCUGAGGUCCACCAGAGGGAGAUGGAAAUCUUGAUGGCUCUUCGGGUUUCAAAUGAGUCCAAGCUUCUUUCUGCUGAGAACUGUUGUGCACAUAGUGUUUGUGUUUGCCAAAAGGCCCCUUUGGGUGCCAUGGUCCAGUGUGAGCUCUGUCGAGAAGUUUUCCACAGCAGCUGCAUUACGACAACCACAGAGCUUGAAUACAGCCAAGCCUGGCUCUGCCCACUUUGCCAGCGGUCGAGGAAACCUCCUCUAGACAAGGUUCUUCCCCUGUUGGCUUCGCUACAAAGGAUUCGGGUUCGACUGCCAGAAGGAGAUGCGCUGCGGUUCCUCAUCGAGAGGACAGUGCAAUGGCAGCACAGAGUUCAGCAGGCCUGCUCAGAGGGAGUGCUGGAGAAAGUGUCAAAGACGGGGAAAAUCCGGUCGUCUUCUCAUCUGCCUCAGGAAAGAAAUGGUUCCAUUUUUUACACGGAGCAGCAGUGUGUUCCUCUCCAGGGCCUCGGUCCUGAGCUGGAGGAGCUGAUUGUGGAGGGUUUCCUCCUGCAGGUCACUUUGCCUGAAACCGAGCAGCUGUACAGAUACCUGCUGUACAAACUGGCCCCCCUGCCGUCAAACAGCCCCCCCUGUGAGAACGACACAGAUGAAGAGCAACAGUCCAAUAAAGGGAGCCCCAACCACAAAAAGAAUGGAGUCUCAAGUCUUAAAAAGGAGUUGGUGAACGGACAAAGCAAAAGAACCAAGCGGCGAAAGGACAGCUCAGACUCUCAGCACAGCGAGAAGGCCAAGAAGAGCCGCAAGAAGAAGUCAAAGAAAAGCAAAGAGAGGAGUGAAGAAACCAAGAGGACUUGUUCUCCCACACACACAGUGUCAGACCACACUCCUUCAGACUCAGAGGAGGACUUCUCACUGUGUGCUGCACCAUGGUGCAGAGAGCCAGAGGGUGACGAGGUAAACUGGGUCCAAUGCGACGGCAGCUGCAAUCAGUGGUUCCACCAGGUCUGUGUAGGACUAUCUGCUGAGCGAGCAGAGAAGGAGGACUAUAUCUGUAUAAGCUGCACACAGCCGGACUAUGACCGAGGAGAAUGAAGACCAAAAAAGGGACUUUGAAGGACCAGCAGUUUUUGCUGCAGGCCACAGCACUUAAGCCCACACCUGAACUCUGUGGCUCCUCCCCUUUACCUUCUGGCUUGCCCCUAGUGAACAUGGUGCUAUUUACUGUUAUUUCCAGUCUUACAGAAGACUUCUGUCACUGUUUUUCCUAAUGGCUGGUUUUCUCAGCCAAUCAACUAAUCCUGAAACUUUCCAAGACUUGCUGCAGGUGUAAAAUAUGGCAAACUGUUUAAAGAACAGUGCAGGGAUUUUUCAACCAAAAAAAAAAAAAAGUCAAUUUGACAUCACAUUUUAGAACUGCUUUUUUUACAUGCAUCUGAACAAUGUGAAACUUAUCUUUCUCUUGUAGAGUAAAAUGUAUUUAUCGAAGCAAUAACUGAACUGAUUAAUUGAGGUUCAGUUUUCACCUGAGCUAUAUUUGUGUUUAGAAAUUCUUUGAUAGAAGCAAAAAACUCAGAAUUAACUUUAUGAAUCCUUUGGCAUUACACAGUUCAAUUAAAUAUUUGUGAACAGAAAUAACUUAAUAUCGAGAAAGCAACAACUGAACUCUGAAUUUAGCUUGACAUAACUCAUCCUUUAACAAAUCACUGACUUUGAAAUCAAUCAUCUGCACUUUCUGCAAAUGGUCCUGAAACCGUUGUUACUGGCAUUGGGUGUGGAUAGGUUUUGUUCACAAACUAAGUUUGAACUGUCUGACAUCAAAGGAAUGUACAUUUUGAGUGGAUUUUCCCUUUAUGGUUUAGGAUGAGAAUAUCGUGUUGGACUUAGAUUUAACACAUGCCGUGUGAAUUUUGCCUCUGGUAUAUAUGACUUUUUCUGCUCCUUUGGGUAAAUAAUAUAAUUCAUAUGUUGCGGUUUGCAUUAUAAAAUAAAAAAAGUCUCUUCCCA